AUGAGCGACUUUGGGCACUUUGGCGGCUCUGAUGAAGAGUACGCAGCUGUGCGCAAACACAAUGCCGACGUGGAGGCAGAUUCGGACAGCUUCGAGAACUGGGAGAACCUGAUCAAGGCCUGCGAAGCCCUCGAAGGCGGGCUCAAUCGCAACUCCAGCCCGCAUGCCCUCGCCGCCUUUCGCGAUGCCUACGACCGAUUCCUCCUCAAAUUCCCUCUUCUGUUUGGAUACUGGAAGAAGUAUGCGGAUAUGGAGUUCAACAUUGCCGGUCCCGAGACGGCUGAGAUGGUCUACGAAAGAGGUGUAGCCACCAUCACCAACUCGGUCGACUUGUGGACAGAGUACUGCGCAUUCAAGAUGGACACAACUCACGAUCCGCAGCUCGUAAGAGAGAUUUUCGAACGCGGUGCUGCCCUGGUAGGCCUGGAUUUUCUGGCGCACCCCUUCUGGGACAAGUACAUCGAGUACGAAGAGCGCCAGGAGGCGCAGGACCGCAUCUACGCCAUCCACGCCCGCAUUAUCCGCAUCCCCAUGCACCAGUACGCGCGGUACUAUGAGCGUUUCCGCACCCUCGCCCACACAUGCCCCCUGGCCGACGUGGCGCCGGCCGACGUGGUCGACCGCUUCCGAGCCGAGGUGGACGCCGAAGCCGCGGCGCAAGGGGCCGGCGGCGCGCGGCCGGAGCUCGAGGUGGAGCGCGAUAUCCGGGCCAAGAUUGACGCCAUGUACUACGAGGUUUUUACGACAACGCAGAGCGAGGUAUCGAAGCGAUGGACGUACGAGUCAGAGAUUAAGAGGCCAUACUUCCACGUCACGGAGCUGGAGCACUCGCAACUGAGCAACUGGCGCAAGUACCUCGACUUCGAGGAGGCCGAGGGCGACUAUGCGCGCAUCGUGUGCCUGUACGAGCGGUGCCUGACGACGUGCGCCCUGUACGACGAGUACUGGUUCCGCUACGCGCGGUGGAUGGCGGCACAGCAGCCCGCCAAGACGGAGGAGGUGCGCAACAUCUACAUCCGCGCCAGCACCAUGUUCGUGCCCGUCAGCCGACCGGGCAUCCGCCUGCAGUGGGCGUACUUUGAGGAGAGCUGCGGCCGCGUCGACGUGGCCAUCGACAUCCACGGGGCCAUCCUGCUCCGCCUGCCCGACUGCACCGAGGUGGUGACGUCGUGGGCCAACCUGGAGCGCCGCCAGCGCGGGCUUGACGCCGCCGUCCAGGUCUACCGGGACCAGAUCGAGGCGCCCACCGUGGAUCUGUACACCAAGGCGGCCUUGGUGGCCGAGUGGGCGUACAUGCUCUGGCGGGCCAAGGGCUCGGCCGAGGAGGCACGUGCCCUGUUCGUCAAGAACACACAGUGGUACGCUGACAGCCGCAUCUUCUGGGAGCGCUGGUUCCGUCUCGAGCUGGAGCAGCCGCCGUCCCAGGCCGAGCACGCCACCCGCGUCAAGCACGUGUUCGACGCGCUGUGCACGCAGAGCCGUCUGUCGGCGGCUGUGAAGAAGGAGCUCAGCAAGGCGUACCUCGACUACCUUGUCCAGGACGGCGGCAAGGACGCCAUGGAGACCUUCUUGAAGGUAGACCGUGAAAUGUUUGGGUAA